ACCUGUGCUGUGUGUCAAUAUACGCAUCUGUUGGCACUGACAGAGGCGGACGGUGGCCGCUGUAGCUCACGUCUAUUGAUGAUAACGGCCGGAACGGAACACCUACUUGACGCUUGGUUCGAACUUCAUUGAUUAAAACCCGAAUGUAGCAAGGGAGAGAUUAUCAAGGGAAACCGCCUGUUCGGAAAAGGCACACGAACCAGUGGGAAGGUUGCCAAAAUGGCGUCCAAUCUGUCGGCAAUCGAGAAACAUCUCGAAUGUUCCAUCUGCUGCGAAACCAUCAACGAACCCAAGAUACUGGAAUCUUGCCACCAUGUGUUUUGUAAGAAAUGCAUCAGCGAUCUUGUAAAAUCGAAAAAAGGAAAGAAAAGUUUCCCUUGCCCCGAGUGUCGCGUUAUAUGCAAGCUCCCUAGCGGAGGUGUAGACGGACUGAAGGACGACUCCAUGGUUGCAAACUUGGUUCGUCUUCUCAAUUUCCCAGAAGAUACGGGGAAAUGCUUCUUGUGCGCAGGUCAAGAUCUAGCAGUUUCCGUAUGCGACUUUUGUGACCUUGACCUCUGUAAGAAUUGUAGCCGGCAGCACCACCAAGAGGAUCUGGAUCAUGUAAUUUACGACCUUUGUGAAACCCAUGGAAAAAGGAUGAAGCGCUACUGCUAUAAAUGUGAGAAAAUCAUUUGUGUGACUUGUUACCAGCAAGAACAUUCCGCAGAGGACCAUGCCACUGGACCAUAUGGAGACUUCGCCUCGAAUAAUCUCACGUCUUUAACCAAAAAGAUUGACGAGAUCUCCUAUCGAGCAAACUCGACCGAGACACGGAUCGAGAAAGUCGAAUUACAAAUUACGCAAGCACGGUCAAAAAAGAAGGCGAUUAUCGACGAAUCAAAUGCCGCCAUUGAGUCCUUGACCCUUGAGACUAAUGAUGUCCGUAUGGAGAUCGAGGCGCUUCAGAUCCGCCUCCACCAACUGGAGAGUGAGAGAGAAACCAAAACUGAGGACAUGGAGUCACAAAUUAAAGUAAUUGACAGCGAAAGUUAUGUAUAUGACGCUGAGGCUUACAUGGCGAUUGUAACGGAAAAGAUUGCAGAUCUUGUCUCGACGAGAACGCAGCUUACUCGGUUGGCUGGGGAGUCCGUCCUCGGGGACGCACACUACGAGGAGGUAUUGGAGAGCAAAUGCAGACUGGAAGAUGCUGAAUCAGCAUUUAUUUGUCUCAAACAAAAAGUGGAUGAAAUGGAACGCAGUUGCUUAUCGUCUGAUCUAUUCAUCAUGGUUAUUUUCGUGCUAGUUUUAUAUUUAGUAUUUUAA